GGAUGGCAUUUGAUGGCUUCCUAAUUAAGUAGAAAGUGAUAUCUAGUAGGUGACGUAGCAUAUAGCUGGCAAUUUAACAUCUAUAAAUAGGGAAUUGUAUUUCAAUAUAAAAAAAAUCAAGUUAGAAUUGUGAGUGAGUUAAAGAGCCGUAGCUCAAAGUGAGGAAGAUUGAGAGUUGUGUUGUGCUGAAGCACUUUUGUGUAUUUUGUAAUCCCUUUUGGCGAGAAGCUUAUUAAUACUAUCCUCCAUAUUUCAUCCUUGUUGAGUGUUCCUAUAUUUUGUGUGUCAAAUAUCCAACAGUAAGUGGUUCAGAAAAUAUGAGGAAUCAAUGGAGUUUGUUUUGAAAGGGACAAAUCAACCAUUGGUCAGAAUCUUGAAAACAUUCAUUACCAUUGACAUGUCCAGGAACAGAUUCUCGGGAGAGAUUCCGGAUUCCAUAGGGAAUCUUAAUUCACUCAAGUACUUGAAUUUGUCUUACAACAGUCUCACAGGGCAUAUACCAUCAUCCCUUGGAAGUGUGAAAGCACUGGAAUCAUUAGACUUGUCUUCAAACCGACUGAAUGGUGAGAUUCCUCGGAAGCUGACGAUGCUGAAUUUUCUUUCAGCAUUAAAUCUAUCAAUGAAUGAUCUUGUCGGAGAGAUUCCUCAGUCUGGUGGCCAGUUUUCGACAUUUGAUAACAGCUCCUUCAUUCGGAACUCGGGCUUAUGCGGAUUUCCUCUAACAAAAAAUUGCAAGCAAGAUCCCAUGGCUCCUCCUCAAGAAAGUGAGGAUUCUAAUUUUGUGGAUGGAUUUAGUUGGCGACCGGUGGUUUUGGGAUACGGAUGUGGUUUCGUAAUAGGAGUUUUGAUGGGUUGUUUUAUAAUAAAAUAUGGAAGCCCUAAAUGGUUACUGCAACCAAUUUUCGGUGUUCAGUAAGUUUGAGUUUGUUUCAUCAUGUAAUCCGUGAAAUAUCUAAUUCUAUGUUAUUGUCAGUUUAAUUUAA